AUGCCCCAUACAGAGUCUGAAGCCUCACGCGAGGCGGAGAGGUGGGACAGCUCUGAUCCCGAGCGCGCGCCGCCCCCUCUGCCACUCAACCCCCAAUCUCCCAAACUCACCUCGCGUACCGGCACCUCGAGCGCUAUCCAGUCCGCUCAUGCUGCUCUCAACGAGCGAGCCCGCGAAAGCGCCAAUAACCACAGCACCAGUCGGCGCCUAGACGGCUCGCCGGAGCGAGCCCUCGUCAAAAGCGGAUCUCAUCGGCGUAUGCAGUCGCUGCAGCCCGCCAGCGUACGCGAUCUUAGUUGGAUGAUUGAGCAGGGCUCGAGCCGUCCAUGCACACCUACCGAGUCUGUGGCAUCCUCAGCACCACCGGCUCCGGGCCCCAGUCUGACACCGAUUGUUCGACCUGCGCCUCGGCGUCGGGCAACCCAGAGCAUUCUGGGCGAAAAUACACCGCCCCCCUCGUCUACCAUGCUUGCACUACAAAGUAUGUCGUCGAAAACUUCUCUCAAGGAAGGCGAGCCCUUGGUAAAUGUUACAAACCAAUCUCCGUCGCCAGAGAAGUCGCCAAGCUCUCUUGAAGGACUGGCAUCGCAGCUCGCCAGCCUGACAAACAUUGCCAGCGCCCUGCAGAAAGAAAUGUCUGCUCUAACUCGGCGAAGCAGAGACAAUGCCACGGACCUUCUAAGUCUCAAAGAAGCCACCACAACUAGAGAUGAGGACAUCCGCAAAAGUAUACGGGAAUUGGUUGGCCGCGUCGACGACCAAACCAGCCGCUUCUCAAUUUCCUCACUCAAUAAUCUCCUGCUCGAUAAACCCCAUCCUACCUCUCCUCAAACCCGAUCGAUCCAUCUCCCCAGAAUACCGUCCCCGAAGAGCUUCGCCGAGUCUAUUGACAGGGGAUCGGUUAGCACCCCAUCUCUUAGCGGAGGUGAGGCCUCCGCCUCCGUCAUCCUUUUAGAAAGGAUUCUUCACGGUCUCGGCACAGCCGAUGGCGAGGAGUCUCUGGUAGGCUUGCUUGUACAGCUCUCACAGAAGCUGUCUGGUUUGGCGACCUCGACCAAGGUUGAUGAGUUGGCACAAUAUGUCCGAAGCCAAAACCAACAUGCACUUGUACAGUCGGCGGCAAAUAACACCCGCCCAAUGAGCUCCAGCGGCAUGGAGCUCGAACUCCCCCGCGGUUCUAUGGCCCAGCGCAUGGAGCACUUCAUCCAAAGUGGCGACAGCCGUCGCUCGUCUGCCCCGGGUAACCGCGGCGCCGAGCUGUUGAACGAUGACCUUCUCAAAAUCAUUCGCUCCGUCAAAGACAGUGUAGCGCAAGGUGGUGGCCUUACAGCUGAGGUGAAGGCACUGGUGCGUGAACUCCGUGGCGAAGUCCUCGGUAUGGGCCGAGAGAUCGCUAAGCGUCUGGAAACCAUGGAAUCUGUUCCACAUUCAGAAGAGGAACCUGACCACGACAGAAAAGACGAAGUCUCACGAGUCAUUGAUCAAGGUCUCCUGCAAAUGAAGGAGCAGCUCAACAAUGUUCUACGCGAGCACCGACGACAGUCUGCAUCGUCGGCUUCUUCCCAGAAGACGGUGGUCGACUACCAGGAAAUAUACAAUGCCAUGCGUGCUGCGCUUCGGGAUAACGAAGCAACCCGAGGCGAUAUGCCUGAUCUGAGCCGCGAGGACGUCAUUGAGGCUGUACGCGAAGCCUGGGAAGCUUACAAGCCAGAGGUAGACGAAGGCAAGUCCGCUCUGGAGCGCGAAGAUAUUAUGGCUUGCCUCAAGGAAGGUCUUCAGGAUUACCAGCCUCACGACGAGCGUCCCCCGGCUGCAACUAGAGAUGAAGUGUUCACUGCUGUCGUGGAAGGUCUCAAGCACUUUGUGCCCCCACAGAUGGACACUCCGGCUUCCCUGUCUCGGGAUGAGAUCAUCGAGGCUGUUCGAGACUGCCUUGAGGAGUUUGAGUUUCCCGUGGCUGCUGCUGCUAUUGGCAAUGGCAGCGACAUGACCCACCAAGACGUCGUCCAUGCUGUUAAGGAAGGACUUAGCGGGUUUGAGGUCCCUCGAGGCGGUAAUCUUUCCAGUGAGAGCAACGAGGAGAUCAUGAGCCGUCUCCGGGACAUUAUGGAGUAUAUGAAGCUUGAAUUUAGAGCUGUUUCCGAGGAGGCAAAGGACAACGUCGCCGCCAGUGGUCGCGACACUGAACAAGUGCUCGAUGCGACCAAGGAUGGCCUCGAGAAUCUGCGAGCUUCCAUUGAGAGCUAUGUCGACCGCGUCUCUGGCGAAUCUGACAAUCAACAAUUUCUGGAUAACCUCACGCGCACUAUGGAAGAUUUCAAAGAAGAGAUUGGCAGACUUGUCUCCGAGGCCAACGAUAACUCUCAGAGCAAGCUUCAGAGCGAAUUGGAAGGUAUUCGUGAAAUUGUCAACACGUCGAUGGUUCCUGCCGCCCCCCAAGGUUCCAACAAGGAUCUCAUGGAGGCCCUUCAGAAUGGCAUCAAUGGCCUACGUCAAGAUAUCCACCGACCGCGUCCCGAAACUAGCGAAAUCCUAGAUGCCAUCAAUGACGGCCUGAAUGACUUACGCGCGGGCAUAGAUCGUGUUACCCACAAGCCCGCAGAUCUCACUGCAAACGACGAAAUUUUGGAUGCGCUCAAGGCCGGCCUGGACUCUGUUCGAUCUGAUAUAGAGACACUUCGCGACAACAAUGAGCGCGCAGUGGCCGCCCUUCCGCGGGAGGAAGAAGAUCAGACAAAGGCCAUCAUUCCCGUUGAUACAGCUAAGCAAGACGACAUCAAGAACCUUGAGGUCCUCAUUACCCAGCUCCGUAUCAAGGUGGAAGCAUUGGAGCCAGACUCAGAGACCGUUCAUAAGGAGGACAUUGGUCGCUUGGAGGACAUGCUUCGAAACGUGCAAGAGGGUGUAGACAACAUCCACGCACAGGCACAGGAAGGUGGAGAUUCGGCCAGAGCCGUUCCCGAGGAGGAUACAGAAGCUGCUAGCGGCGAUGCGGCUACCAAGGAUGAUGUCGUAGCCAUCGAGACCAUUCUCCGCAACACCAAGGACCGUCUCGAUGACUUGAUCGAAGGAGACCAAGCUGUUCGUAAGGAGCAUAUUGAUUCUAUAACUGCUUUGUUGAACGAGCAUAAAGAUACCAUCGGCGCCUUUUCUGGGCAUUUCGAAGGCAUUUCUCGCAAGGAAGAUGUGGCAAACUUGGAGGAACUUAUUGCCCAAGUUAUCAUUGGAAUCGACGACCUGAAGGAAGCUACUCCCAAGGAAGAUGAAAGCGACGAACGCGUGAGGAAGUCUGAUGUCGAAGCUAUCGAGGCCCGAGUCCUUGAAAUCAAAUCCGCCCUUGAUGGCCUUUCCGAUAUGGACUUUGCUGCUAUUUCGAAUAAGGAAGACGUUUCCGGGCUUCAGGCACUAAUCAAAGAGGCCAAGGAAAAGCUCGACGAGUACGCCGACACUUCUACAAAAGCUUUGGAGGAUCGCCAGACCGAAAUUGCUGGAGUUGGGGAACGAGUUGCUGAAGUCAAGACUUUCCUAGAGGAAUUCCAGCAGGCUGUACAGACCAAGCUCGACGAUGGCGCUACUGGCGUCGAGGCUCUUGGCAAGGUUCUCGAGACAAUUGGUGAGAAGAUUGACAAGAAUGAGAACGUUGGCGAUGACCUCAAAGAGAUGUUUGAAACCAUGAAGUCUGAAUUUGAGGUCUCCAAGGAAGUUGUCGCAGGUGCCAGACUCGAAUCCGAUGAGAAGCUACAGGAAGCCACUGACAACAUUGCUUCCAAAAUUGACGAGAAGAUUGGCGCCCUUAUUGCCAAGUACGACGAAUACCAGGCUCAGCUUGACGAAAAGGCCAAGGCAGGAGAGGAGCGCAAUAUCGAAAUAGAAGCGGCUGUCGUAUCUACCAAGACUGUCUCCGAAGAACUGAAGCUUCUGGUCGACACGCUAGGCUCCGCAGUCACGGAGUCCCUGGAAAAGAUGGAAGAAGCUUCAAAGACUGUUUUCGAGAAAGUUGAAGAGCUUGCCUCCAAGACUAGUGAAACGGAAGCCGGCGGCCAAAGUGAGCAUCAACAGACUCGUGAUCAGGUUCAAGCCGCUGUCUCUGCUGUUGAGGGCCUGCAAGGUGAGCUGAAGGAGUACCAGCCUCAGAUUCUCGAGGCAGUGAAGGAUAUUCUUCUUUUGGUUGGUGAGCAUUACGAGCAUUCCAAGACGUCCACCAGCGAUAUCCAAGAGAAGAUUGUGGAGGUCAAGCCUUUUGAUCAGGCUAUGCUUCCCCCUCCUCCUGAGAAGUAUGACGAUUCCGAGGUCAAAGAGAAGUUAAAUCUGCUGGCCGAUCAAAAAUACGAUGACUCGGAGAUUCGUGAGAAGCUUGACCAUCUGGCUGAGCAGAAGUACGAUGAUACUGCCCUCCAUGAGAAGCUGGACAAACUUGUCGAUCAUCACGCAUCCGCCACUGCCGCAUUUGCUCAACUCGAGACUCUGGACAAAGUUCACAAGACGGUGAAUGACAGCGCCGCACAGCUAUCCGAAUACAUUUCCACUCAGACAAAGCGCAUUGCGGACGAGCACGAAGAUCGGGAGAAGACUCUUCAAGACACCUGUCUCGCCCUCGAACACAAGCUGGCGGAGCAUGAGCACCUGAUUGCAUCGGUUGCCAGCCUGCAUGAAGAGGAAGAAAGAAUGAAGCAGAGUCUUCUUAGCUUGCGUACUGAGCAGGAAAGCUUGAUUCGACAGCGCACACGCCUGACUGGGGAUGUCUCUUCUCUUGAAACUGCCCUUCGCCUUCGCAAAGAGGAGCUGUCCGAUAUGGAAGCCAGAGCAGAGCGUUUGGAGCGUCGUAUUGUCGAAGGUGUCAUGGACCAUUCCAGGGUGCUUCUGAUGAACAAGAGUGCUUCGAGUGGCCGCGACAAUAUGAACAGGAAGAGAGUCAGAAAGGCCACGGGUGUCGAAGGCGAGGCUAAGCCUUCGCCGAGACCAGCUGCUGUCAAUAUGGUGCUCGCCACGCGACGCAGCCUUGCCCCAGCAACACCAAACGGAGCCGCGCGACGUAUUGCAUCGCUCAGCCAGAUGACACCCAGCAAUUCCUCCUCAUCCGUUAAGAGAACACAAAGUGUGCGUACUCCUGGUGGUGGGUCUGCCCAUAGGAAGAGAAGCUGGGGUGGCGCUCUGGGCAAGGGUUUCGGCAUCGAGGACAAGGAGAAUGUCAGUGUCGAUGAAACUCUCGAGGAGGACUCCGAGGUUGGCAGUAGAGCUGUCUCCCGAGAGGUGGCCUUGCAGGGUCGAAACAGUUUCGCUGGUACGGAGCUGUCGUCGCUGCUCGACUCUGCGAGAGAAGAGGAUGAAGACGAUGCCGAGGACGCAGAAGACGGGCACAGCGAGGCAGAUACCAUGCGGAGAACGAGCGGUGGCACGACAAUUGUGUCGAGCAGUGACGUAUAUACCGAGUCCGACAUGUACAGCGAUUACUCUGACACGGCGAGCGAAUGGACUUCGCUUGUCGCUGGUGCAAGGAAUUCCACUGGAACCGUGGAGGGGAAUGAGCUGACGCUCCACAAUGAGGGCAACUGA